AUGUAUCAGAUGCCUGCAGUAAAUACCCAGGACAUGAAUGCCUACAAGAGUGCAGGGCUCAUGCAGGGAAGCUCAUCAAGGUACCAACGCUCUUUCAGCUUGCGGUCAAAUCAACACAUUGCAGAUCACAUCGACAGGAGACUGCAAACGAUUGAUGGAAACCAUGUAGACCACCCGGUGUACCAACCCUAUGAAUAUGCCUACGAGGGACAGGGCAGCAAAUGCCAGUCACUGGACGAACUGUCACUCAGCAAUUUGGGAGAUGAUGUUCAGUUUCUGGAUGAUUUGGGGCCAAAGUUCAAGGCCUUGGGAGCCAUCUGCCCUCCCACUCGCAGGUAUACUGCAGCCAAUGCCCGCACUGGCAUGCAGUCGUGCUUGGACUCAAGUUGUUUGGGGGUCCACCGGUCUACUUCAGAAAUUUUGCAGCGACAAAAAAGAAACUGGAUCAUAGAGUCCUUUAAUAUUGAUGAAGGCAAUACAAAACCUUACCCAUAUCAUCUGGGCAAUAUAAAAAAAGAGAAUAACCUCACCCUUUUCAAGAUAAGUGGUCAUGGAGUUGAUGAGGAACCCUUAGGAAUAUUACGAAUCAACGAAUUCACAGGAGAGAUUACUGUCCAUGGCCCUGUGGACUAUGAGAAAUACCAAACUCUUGAGGUUAGAAGGAGUUCACUAAAAUGGCAUUGUUACAACAACCUCCUGGAAAGCAUAAAGGAUGUUUGUGUGUGUGUGUGUGUGUGUGUGUGUGUGUGUGUGUGUGUGUGUGUAAUUGGGCAGUGGAGAAUGGUGGAGGGUUUAAUUAUUUUGCAUUGUUUUGCUUUUGCAUCACAGGUGAAGUUUCAGGCGUUUGAUAGAGAGAAUCAUUUGUUGGACACACAGCUGGGCAUCGAGAUAAUAGUUAAAGAUGCAAAUGACAACCCUCCAAAGUUUGACCGUAAAAUGUACGAGGUCACCAUAAAAGAGUCCACAUUACAAGGCACUGAAGUGAUCACCAUUAAAGCAGAAGAUGACGACUCCGAUAAGAUUAAUAAAAUGUUUGAUUUGAAAAUAGUCUCAGUCAUUCCUCAGCAACAAGACCUGAAGUUCUACAUAACCCAGAAAGCUGAUGCUCAAACUGGAACCAUUUCAUUUUACGGGUGUCUGGACCAUGAGAAAGCAGAGAAAUACACCAUUUUAGUAGAGGCCAAAGAUCGUGGAGAACCACAAAAACUUUCAAGCACCUGCACUGUUAUAAUCAAUGUAGAAGAUGGAAAUAACCACCCUCCUGUGAUCACAGGACAAACUGGUCCUGGAAAAGUUAAAGAAGGACAGGAAAAUGUCCUUGUUUCACGUCUGAAAAUUACAGACGAAGACACCAAAGGCACAGCAGCCUGGAGAGUGAAAUAUCAAAUCCAAGGAGACACAAACAACAACUUCAGAAUCACUACUGAUCUUGAGACAAAUGAGGGACUACUGUAUGUGGAAAAGCCUCUGAACUAUGAAGACGGUGCUGAGAAGAAUGUGACUGUCAUUGUAGAGAAUGACAUCCCUUAUUUCUCAUGUGAAGUGGUGAGUCGCAGCGCCACUGGUCUUUGGAAAUUAAUCACUUUUAGUGGUGUCACUAGUGGUGGUGCGUCUUUGACAGGGCAGGCACGAGGUUUAACCAGCCUCCUUGUGACAAUUACUGUCGAGGAUGUCAAUGAGUCUCCAAUCUUUGACAAACCUUACAAACAAAUUAAACUGGUUGAGAAUGUUGCUGCGGGACUGUACCUGGAGACAUUUACAGCUAGAGACCCUGAUGUCAAGACGCGUGUAUGUUUCAGAUACAUGAAAGGAGAGGAUCCAGCUGGCUGGGUCACAGUGGACCCUGUGACUGGAACAAUAACCACAUUAAAGAUCAUAGACCGAGAGUCAUCCUUUGUGAAAGACAAUAUCUAUAAAGUCACAAUAUAUGCUGUUGACGAUGGUAAACCUCCAAUGACAGGCACUGCAACGCUCAACAUCUUUAUUAGCGAUGAGAAUGAUAAUGCUCCAUCCCUGACUGUAAGCACAAUUGACAUGUGCCAAUCUAGUGGGUCCUCUCUGGCCAACAUCACAGCCUUGGACCCGGAUGGAGAUCCUUAUGGUGGACCUUUCUUCUUCAAGCUAAGUGGUGAUGUUCAGGGCAAGUGGAAGGUUGACCCUGAUAAAGGCUACUCAGUCAACCUGGUGAAAGAGAACACUGUUCAUUCAGGAUACCAUGAGUUGUUGCUGGAAGUGUCUGACCGUCAGGGUGUAACUGCUGUCCACAACCUGUCAGUCACUGUGUGUGACUGCUUAGAUGCAGCGAGGCCAAACUGUCACGUCCGCAAAGUUACUGGCUCCGAACCAGGAGGAGGAGCAUUUGUAGUCAUUAUUUUCGGCAUGCUACUAUUUGCAGGUAGGCGGCAUUCCCAUAAUAAACGGAUUAGUGUGAUAUCAAUGUUGUACACUCUCCAGGCACCAGGAGAGGAGCUGGGUGAUUACGCCCCUCAUGUGUAUGCUGAGGAAGGAGACAUAGAGACCAAUUUUGAGGUUGAUGCCAUUUCCAUCCCUGAUAUUCCCUUUGACCCAGACUUGGACCUGGACCUGGAUUUGAAGUUCAGUACUCUGGCCAAAAUCUGCAUGGCUAAUGUCAGCACUGCCUACAGUGAAAAAAACUUCUAUGUAAUAGAAAAACAUCAGACAACAGGUCUGAUCCAGGUGGAAAGUCAACUAAAAUGA